UGUCAUGGUGUUUGUGUCAGAUGCCAGCCAUUGAAUCAGUCAUUUGUUUUUAGAUGUUUAGACUGCAGUACUUCCUUGCAUCGGAAAUGAAUGUCAUUGUAUUAAGGUUAUGGAGUUGACUUCAUAUCUAAUGUGGAUAUGCCAUAGAAUCGAUCUGCAUGUGAUCUGAUUCGCAAUUGAUUACGUCUUCACUAACGUAGCUGAUUAACCUGUUGCUAUCAUCUGAUUUUCUUGUUCCAAAUAUAAUAAUGAUGAGGAUAAUGUCAAUGAUGGUUGUAUUUGCUUUUGGGUUGGCUUAGUGGUUAAGGAACGUAGGGUGUGCGAGGAUUGGGCACCCCGCACAAGCCCACAACCUAGUACAAAUAAUUUCAUAUAUGGGCUCAUGUUCUCCUUGGUCUAGGAGAUUAGUGGGAUAUUUUGUGAGCCCAAUGCUUACCUACCUAAGAUGGCUUCCUCGUCGUUAAAAGAAAAGAGAGAGAAAGGAAGAGAGACAGAGAUCUUAUUAUAGUCUUCGUAUCCAUAAAUCUGUAAGUCUCUAAAUCCAAAUUAAAACCGAAUCCUGACUUAUUUAUGUUUAGACCUUUUAAAGCAGUAUAAUAAAUUAAUGCCUAGGGGGCAUUUGGAAGUGUAAUCUCUCUCUCUCUCUCUCUCUCUGCGUUAUAAGACCUCCCAAACCCUUUUUUUCCUACUUUGAAGUCUGUUUUUCGCAAACCAGACAAGAGCUCUGAAAACUUCAAGAAAACGAGAGGUAUGAAGAAACUCCGAAAAGGCUCGGUGCAUCCAUCACCGUCGCUGUCGAUCAUCGUGUCCGAUUAUCUCUCCCUCCUUCCAGCCACCAUCCUUGCCCUCACAGCGGCUCUGUCACCACAGGACAGAGAAGUCUUAGCCUAUCUCAUCUUUUGCUCUGCCCCAAUCUCCACCAUCAAGAACAACCUCAAAACCUCCCGCAGAAGCUCUUCUUCUGCCAAAAGCAGCACAGCUAGUGAUGAUCAUCCCUGUACCUUUAAUUGUGACUGCUUCAGAUGCUAUAUGAGUUAUUGGGCGAGGUGGGACUCAUCUCCAAAUCGUCAGUUGAUCCAUGAAAUAAUUGAUGCUUAUGAAGAUGGGCUGACAUCAGAGAAGCAACCAAGAAAUUCGGGAACAAGAAAGGAGAGAAGGAAUAGGAGAAGGUUUAACGCCAGGUCAGGUGAGUCAAAGCAGCCAAACUCAGGGAAUGCUGAGCUGGGUCAGUUGGAGUCGAUGAGAGAAAUGAAAUCCACCAGUAAUGGCAGUGGCAGUGCAGAGGAAGUGGCAGAGAACGGACUGUUGAGGAGGUUCUUAAGUUUCAUCGCAGAGAAGAUUUGGGGUGUCUGAGAGCGGUGAGUGCUGUUUUUCCCAUUGAGUUUGAAGGGAAAAGCAGGGGAAGAGAGAAACAGUCCUGUAGAUGGUUGCCUUACAAUAAUCGAGGAUGUGAAAGUGGCUGCUUCUUGGAAUUAUAAUAAAGUAUGAGUUAUUCAGCUGAAUUUGUUCCUCUCUUUUUUUCUUUUUUUUUUGGAAAACAUGCCAAGAUAAAUGAAAGCCAUAUAGAAUGGCUUUCUGAUUUUGCUGGAUUAGCUAUUACUCUAAGGUGGGUCGCUUUUCUCUAGGGAUGAAGUUUCUGAGAUUUCCUUCGACUAAAAUUUACAUUCAGUUUUCGAUUGAGGCAGCUAAGUAACAAUACUAAAGGAUCAAUGAUCACCUCCUCCCCAUGAAAUGGGAGCUUGCUACUCUUAGCAUUGUCUUAUGCCCCGUGAAAUGGGUGAAGCAUGCCAAUAGAUUUAUCUUACCAUAGACUCUAGUCAAGAAACUUUUCCUGUUGAAUUAAUAGGGGAAGUUCCGAUUCAUGCACUGAGGUACCCAAAACUUGAUUUUUAAUUGACAUCGAAAGUAACAAAGCCAAUAUAAGCUGACUCUGAACUAUAUUAGCUUGCCGUAUCUCUUUGUUCCUACCUUUCUGUAUUAUUAUUUAGUAUGAACUUGCAUCUCUGUCACAGUGGAUGCAAUUUGGUGUUGAAUAGGUAAUAACUGGAUGCAAAUUUGUGCGAUAGUAGUCAGUACUUUACAAUCUUUAUAUCUGAUUUUUUAUGGUUAUAAAGGUUGGCAAAAGGAAGGCUUCGAUAUCCAUGUAACAAACGAGUAUAGAAAGGGAAGUAAGGGCUUCGAUUAAAGCAAAGUCCCACUAAUGGUAUUGGUACUCCAAUCCAAAACUCCUUUUGGUGGUUCCCAAGAGCCUGUUUUUUUCCCUUCCCUUAGUUUUCCUCACACCCACUAUUUGUCUGGACUGUAUCAUCUUUCAAUGUCUCUUUAAUGCAAUGGUUAUGUAGUUUGGUC